GCGAGUGAGAAAGUGAGCCAGGCAGGGCAGGGGGCGUGGAGAGGCGGGCCGGCCAGGGAGUUUUCCAAGCAUGAGGUUGUGGUGCCGAGUCUGAGCCACGCAAGGACCAAAAGACACCUUGACUCCACCAUUCACGAGGACGGCCACGUGCAUGACAUCACGCUGGGCUUCACUCUUGAUGACCAGGACAUCCUUGUGGACCUGCAGCUCAACAGAGACCUGCUGCCGAAGGACUACUUUGAGAAAUACUACCAGAAUGGGAGUCACCACAUACACCGGCCUAAUGGGGAGAUGGCUGGCUUGUGUCACUACCAGGGUGUGGUGCGCGGCAGGGAGGGGUCCUGGGCGGCACUGUCUACCUGCCAUGGCUUGAGUGGCGCGGUGUUCGAUGGCACGGAGCUUCACUACAUUGAGAGGGUCCCCGAGUCACCACCGGCCGUCCACAGCCCUCACUAUGUCUUCAAACACUCGCACAUCAUCCCGCAGAAUUUGUCUUGCGGUUACUCAGGGAAGCCUCAUCCAGUGCGAGAUUUGUUCCAUGAUGAAACUUUCACCCGCCUACUAAGGUACAAGCGUAGCAGCAGCAGCAGCAGUAGUAGCAGCAACCACGACGACAAUGGCAUCCAUGGCCACUCCAGCAGCAACAGCAACAUCCGUGGCCCCUUCAACGCCAACCCUCUGUCCCGCUAUGUGGAGCUGGUGCUGGUGACAGACAGGGCCGAGUAUGAAAAGUAUGGCCAUGAGGAAGCCAAGCUGUUUCACCGGUGCAAGGACAUCGCCAACAUUGUCAAUGCGCUGUAUCAGCCGCUAAACAUCUUCAUCGCCCUGGUCGGGGUGGAGGUAUGGAAGGACGAGGACCAGGUGGAAAUCUCUAAGGAUGGUGACAAGACGCUCACCAACUUCCUAAACUACCGGAAAGUUCGUCUCAUACGUGAUCACCCAAAUGACAACGCCCAGCUAUUGACUGGGAAGCAGUUUGAUGCCGGUGUGGUGGGCAAGGCGUUGAAGGGACCCAUCUGCACCUACCAGUACUCUGGCGGUGUCAACAUGGACCACAGCGACACAGUGGGCUUGGUGGCCACCACAGUUGCCCAUGAGAUGGGUCACAACUUUGGCAUGGAGCAUGACAACGAGGAGGAGUGCGAGUGUCCAGACAAGCGGUGUAUCAUGGCACCGUCCUCAGGGUCUAACAGCCCCACACACUGGAGCAGCUGCAGCUAUGAGUACCUGGCGCUGUCCUUCGAGCGCUCCAUGGACUACUGCCUGCGCAACAAACCCACCAGCCUGUUUGACUCCCCCGUGUGUGGCAACGGCUUUGUGGAGCCCGGGGAGCAGUGUGACUGUGGCCUGCCUGACUACUGCACCAACACCUGCUGCAAUGCCACCACCUGCAUGCUGUACCCCAACGCCACCUGUGCCACCGGCCACUGCUGCGACCUCCAGACAUGCCGCCCCAGGAUGGCCGGGGUGGAGUGUCGAUCGUCCGUCCAUGAGUGUGAUCUGCCUGAGUACUGCACUGGGGAUUCUGAGUACUGCCCCAGCGACGUGUUCAAGGCUGAUGGCCACCAAUGUCAGCACGGACAGGCCUUCUGUCAUGGCGGCAUGUGCCGCACCCACGGGGAGCAGUGCAAGCUGCUGUGGGGGCCAACGGGGCAGAGUUCAGAUGACCAGUGUUACCGCAUGAACACUCAAGGCAGCCACAAGGGGAACUGUGGCUACAACUGGGUCAAUGAUACCUACUAUCGCUGCAGCAGCGAUGACAUCAAGUGUGGGCUGCUCCACUGCAUGCACCUCAACGAGCGUCUGGAGUUUGGCAUGGAGAGUGUCAGCAAGGUGUCACACAGCUUCCUGAAGGGCAAGGAGGGUGUCAUCCCAUGCCGCGUGGCGCUGGUGGACAUGGGCCUGGACAUGGUGGACCCAGGCCUGGCUCCUGAUGGUGCCAAGUGUGGGAAGGGCAAGAUGUGCAUCAACCAGCGCUGCAUGCCCGUUGCCAACCUCAAGUUGGCAGCGUGUGACUGCCACGGGAACGGCGUCUGCAACAAUAAUGGCCACUGCCACUGUGACGUGGGGUACGCCCCCCCAGACUGCCUGUACCCUGGCCUGGGGGGCUCCCAAGACAGCGGGCCGGCGUCCAACCCUCAUGCAACUAACACAUUCGUUUUAGGAAUGUUUGUGUUCUUCCUGGGCAUCGUGCCGGCGGUGAUGAUGCUGCUCGGCCUCACCUACUAUGCCCGGGGCAACCUGCAGUUGUGGUGGAAGACCAAGGGGCGGCCAGCCACCUCAAAACUGUCACACGUGGAAACCAACAACAAGACUGCUGCUCCCUCUGCCCCGGCCAUGGAGGUUGGUGUGGUGGGCUGGUCGGUGGACCUUGCCGUGCCACAGACCAUGCCCAGUCCUCGCUCCCCCACACCACCCUCCUCCCAGGGAUCUAAGAGCAAUAGUCCCCUGCUCAAUGGACACGCUGCUGCCAUAUCUAAUAGAUUACUGGUUGAUAAGCCAAGCUCCCCAUCAGGCACCAUUCCUGGGAAGUAUGGCUUUACAAUAUCUCCACGCACAGAAACCUCCAAUGGAGUGGGUGGGGAACCUGUCCCUGCCAUUCCCCCUCCUCCCCAGGGCAACAUAUCCUCCCCUGCUCAUGCCCCAACUUCAAACACUGCCAAUGGACAAGCCUGUGGGUGGAAAGUCAAGCCACUGCCAGGGGCCAAGAUGAGCAUAAGUGGCCCCAGCCUCCAGGGUUCCACCAACCCAGCCAUUGCCAGCCACGUGCCAUCCAGGAUAGCCCCACCACCCCCCCUGGCAGCACAGCAGACAAACACCUUUGCUGGGUCUCCCUCUGGCCAUCCUGCCCCACUGCCUCCAGUGGCUGUGGUCACUCCCUCCCGCCGGCCACCCCACCUGGCUGUCCGCCCUCUGUCUGUGCCUGAUGCAGCAUCACUCAUCACGCAGGCAGGCAAGCAAGGGAACCAGCCUGAGGUGAGCUCUGAGGUCAAGCGGCCAGAAGGAGACAAGCCAUCAACAGUGGCCAGGAUUGCCUCCUUCCUCACCAAGAAGGACAAGCCUGGAUCAGAAGCCUCUGAGGCUGACGUGGAGGCUGGCCACUGCAACACACUGCCCAGGAAAGCUGCCAAGAUCAAGAGAGAGAGUCUUGUCCAGCUGGAAAUCUCUGCACCAAUGGAACUCCAGGCCACUGAACUCCCUGCCAACCUGGUGCCAGUGAGGUCAGCACCAAGCCCACCAGCGGGCAGCUUGAAGCCCGGCCAGGACAGAGUGUCCCCAGAGGAGAACACCAAGCCUGCCAAGGUGUCGUGGGCCCCAUCCGUUCCUCAGGACAAGAUUCCAGCCCCAGGGGACUCUCGGCCCAAGGUGAAAGCAACCUUGUCCACCCCAGCCAAGGGUCAGGGUGAGGGCAAGCCUGAGCUGCAGCGGAUGGCCAGUGUGCGGGAGCCUCCUGUAACAAUUCGUCCUGCCAUUCCAAAGUUUGGAUCAAUGCGUGCACCCCGCCCCAAGAGCCUGCCUCCCACUCGGCCCUCAGAGCCACCCCCCCGUCCCCCGCUGCCCAUGAUCCCUGGCACACCAGAGUCAGAGUGUUACUAUGAUGACUGUCUCAAUGUGCAGGAGGGGGUUGCUCCUCUAGUCAGUGCUGAUGAAGAUGGCUCCCCCACUGAGAACAUUUAUGCCACCAUUGAUGACCAGACGCCAGAAGAUAGUGACUCUCCCCUGCAGGAGGUGACCUAUGCAGCCCCUGAAGAGACAAGGAAGGAAAAGAAGUCCAUAUUUUCCUUCCUUUACAACAAACCAAAAAAGAAACUGAGCAAGGACAAAGGGUCUCCAGAAGAUGAUGUUUCCUCUGAGCCCGUUUACACCAACCUGGUGGAGCUCCCGCCAGAGAGUGAAGCAAAGAUAGAGGAUGGGGAAACCUCCUCAGCCAGCAGUGCCUCAGCCUCAGUCAGUCCCCCUAGUGGCAUUGGUGGCCAUAGGACCAGCACCGGCAGCUCAGAAGAUGGUGGGUUACUCUCAGAGAUUGUGACAGAGCUCUCCUGCCGAGAUGCAGACUUUGUGAGUGCCCUAGCCAAGAAGCGGAAGAAGAGUGCUGUAAAAAGUGCCAGUGAGGAAGCCAAAGGCAGCAGCUCCACCAAGGCUAAACCAUCCCUGCCUUCCAUCACCAGUGAAGGAAACUUGUCUGCCAUCAAAACCAGUAGUGGCAGUGGCAACAUGAGCAAGAGUACCUCAGAGCCUUGGGGGGCAGGCAUGAUGGGGAAGGCAGCCACUGGUAAAGUCUCACUCACCAGUCCCUCUUCCCCUCCUGCAGCUGCUACUAGUGGAAAGAAACCAGCCUCCAACUCUGAGCCUCGUGGCAUCCUUAACUAUGUCAAUGCAGCCAAGUCUAAGAUCUCUGGCCCUGCCUCUUCCUCCCCUGCACCUGCUCCUGGCUCAGCUGUCAGGUCAUCCUCAAGCUCACACAAACUGAAGGAAAACAACACCAUCACUCCAACAACUCCUGCAACUACAACCACCCCCACCAUUACCACCACUGCCACCACUGCUACCACCCGCAGUUCUGUCCCCAUCACCACAUCCUCCAACACCACCACCCCCAUGACACUUGCUGCCUCACUGGCUGCUGUAAGAGCAGCUGGUGCAGCAGCAGGAGAAGCAGCAGCAGUAGCCAGCCUGGCAGGUAACAAGAAAGAGAGCCAAGCUGCUGCACCAAAAUCCAGCUUCUUACAUAACAGACCAACAACUCAGCCUCCAGUGAGUGUUUCCAGCCCAACCUCCACCACCUCCUCCUCCCCUCCCUCCUCCCUCACCACCACCACUGCUGCCAGUCCUACAAAUGUACAAACAGUUCCCUGUAGCAGCACAGCUCCAGCAUUCUGGCCUGGCCGGCCUGUCUUCCCACCAGACAAAAUUGUGUUCCCUCCCGACAAGGUCGUCUCAGAGAUCCAGCCAAAUGACAAAAAGACGCCCACUGAGAAGGCUGCCUCCAAAGGGCAGCGAGAUGCUGGAGGAGGUAAAGGAAUCAUCACCUCUCCCACCAGAGGCACUGGUUCCAGCACCUCACGAGGUAGAGGCACCUCCCCUCCUGCUAAAGUUACCUCACCCCUCCCCAAGCCAGGGAGUGCUGGUGCUGCUUCCCGAGGUCUCACACCAUCGCGGAGCACCACAUCCAGCAGGAGCAGCAGUGCCGGGGGGAGUGGGAUGGCCGAGAGGAGUCGGAGUGCCACACCCCAGUCAGGCGGGAGAAGACAGACACCACCAGGGGGGAACAAAGGGGAGGCCAAACCUGUCCCAAAGGCCACUGACAAAUCAGGCAACAAAGUGACAGAGAAGGCACCUGUCAAGGCGGGGGCCAAGACUGCCGAUAAGUCAACUGAUAAACCGGCCCCCAAGCGAUUGGGUAGCAAGUCAGCACCUGCUGGGGCUCGGCCCGGGACGUCAGUGGAGCAGGGCAAAGGCGGCAGCAGGCCAGUGAGGACCAGCAACUCACUUGUGGCAUCAAUGCAGCAGAAGUUUGAAAAGAAGGAGUCUGAGGCCCAGGACACCAAGCCACUAGGGAAGGCUGGAUCAGCCUCAGCCAGGAAGAGUGUGGAGGUGAAGCCAGCUGUGGCACCCAAGCCGAAGUAAACUGACAAGGCCUUGGCCUUCAUGGAGACCUCUCAAGACUUGACCGAGUAGUAAGAGUGAUAUCUUACUGUGCAUAAUAUACUCAACAAGUGGAGCUACAGUUAGUGUUGUUGUUGUUAAGGACAAGACCUGAAGUAUGGACUUCUUGCAGGCCUGAGUGAGGCAGGACAAACUGUGAUAUGUGGAUGAGUGUGCUCAUGGCCUCCACCUCCACUUUCUCCACCUCACCAUUCACUCUCUCACCCUCUCCCCCUUGGACCUCACCACUACAGCUCACAUUUCAUGCCUUCAGAGUUUCAAAAAAGACUUAUAAAGCAAGUCUUUGUCAAUAUAUUAUACUCUGCAAACCAAAGAUAUUUGUUAUAAUUUUUAAACAGUAUUAAAUUGUUUGUUCUAUUAUGGUUGCAUUGUACUGUUAGGACUUGCUGUGUUGGUGGUGCCGCCUCUCCCUAGUCCAGAUGGCGGCCUCACCCCCCACCAUUGUUGCUGACGCAUUUGUUUUGUACUUACGCAUUGCAGUCAGACCUGGGGUCAUUCUGUACACUCAGUUAACAAGCAUCAUUUUAUGCUACCUAUCACUACAAUGGACUUUAAAAUUUGACACAGUUUUUUGUCAACAAAUUAAGAUGUUAUUACAUAUAGUCACCUUUCUUAUGUAUAGUGUUAUGAGACAACUAACAAAAUUUCAUGAUGUCCAUUUUUGUUUGUCAGACUUGAGAAGGAAGUGCACUCUUUGUACAGCACAAGAAAAUCUUGCCAAGAAAACACGAGAGCAAAGCUUACCUUGAAUAUAUUUUUGGAAAGGUAAAAUUCCUAUAUUUGUUUAAUGUUUCAGUCCAGCACUGUAAGUUCUUGAUCAGUCUGCUUCAAUUUGUGAUUGACCCCAAGUCUGAUUUCAGCAUUUUCAUUUAUUACUGAUGGUGCUUGAAUUUCACUAUGUGUUAAGAUGUUGAUACAGAAACUGACGAAAAGUGUGCUGAUGUUUUCAGAUGCACUGCUUAGGGAUCAAUGUAGAAGGAAGUUUUCACCUCCUUGGAAACUUUAGUUGAGUUACAGGAAUGGCAUAUUGAUUCAUCAUUGCUUUUAUCUAUAGUUUAGUACAUUUGUAAAUUUAGUUUGUGUCUGUGUAUCAGCAGAUGCCCUGCCAGCCAUUCCUCCUGGGAUGUUUGGCUCACAUGUUUCCCAAGCCAUUGUACCUUUGUGUCAGUCAGGACCAAUACUUCCCUCUGCAUUUAGAACCAGCAGGUAACAUGUUUAUAUAUUUUUUGAUAGACACUCACCCCUGACUUACACAUGGACAGACAGACAUCUGUACAGAAUGACAGACACACAUAGGCCAUAUCCAUCUCCUUCAGUGGUGAUGGAUCUUGAGGGGGAUGUUCCUUCACUUCACCAUUCUCACUCUCCAGCAGUCUGUGUGUUGCAUCAGUACUUAAGUGUCUGUAUCUCACCCUCCUCAGCCUCACUGUGAGUAUCAGGAGGACCUUGAGUGAUGCAGUGUGGGGAAUGUCAGACUGGUUUCUUUGAUGCCACCAGAAGGCUGUCGUGUCAUCACUUGGAUGUCCCUGUAGUGUGUCCUCGGAUGUAACUGUGUGCUCCUGUAAACACUGUCCAUGUAGGAGAGUCAGUGUUCACCAUCUCUGUUGUACACCACCUGCAAGUAUCUGUCCCCAUUUUGCCACACAUUUCACCCUCAUCAACUCAUUUUUGUUUUCACAGGUGCAGUGGAAUGCAGUGCAGAGUGUGCAUCAUUGUGCUUAGAGAUGGUUUUGCACUUGUUGUGACGGCUAGGGCUGGGCAUCACUGAGAGUUCAGGUGGAUAUAGCAAGGUAACUUAUUCACUGGCAAACUUUUUUUGUAUGCAGGUCAUUGCAGCAAUUUUAAAACCUGAAGUAAUUUUAAUUUUUUGGACUAUAUCCAAGUGUGUGAUUGAGAAGAGUGAUUCAUAACUUAGCAAGGGAAUUGACAAAUUUAAUUCUUCCUUGGGUCCUGAGUCUAGUCCUUGUAUGAGCCCAUGGUAGUCAUCAAGGCAUGCAUACAUGUAUUUUCCCACCAUAUAUGCAUUUAUAUUUUUCAACAUAAACAUAUUUAGCCAGUCAUUGUGAGGGAAGUGUCUUGGUUAGGGUGUGAGUUUUGAUUUCUUGUAGAGGGGUUUUAUUACUGUUGGCAUCACUGUAGACUUCAGUUUUAUUCUGUAUUUCUUCUACUGAAAUCUCAGGUGUCUUAGAAGUUUAUGAAGGCAGGUUUCCUAUUCCUCAUGAGUGAAAGUGUUUGUGUAUCGGGCACAGUUGUUAGUGGAUCACAGCACAGUGCUUAUUGAGCUGGCUGGGUUGUAGGAUGCAGGACUAGAUGGUUUACGGGACAGAUUGUGUACAUGCUCAGCCUACCAGGAACUCACCUUUGACACCGGAACAUGUUAGAAAAUAAUAAUGGCAGGUGUCACACUUCAGUGACCAGGCUGUGAUAGAACACCACGCAGGACUCAGCACCAGAGUGGCUCAGCAGAGCACUGGGGAAUGCUGAUGGAAGCCUUUCUGUAAGGUUUUAUGAAGUAUUUGGGUUUUCAUUCGGAAGAGAUUAGAAACCACCAUCUUAUAGAAGGUUUUGUUAAGGGCUUCUUUGUAGGAGUUGGCAGAAGUGUUUUGAAAAUGCUAGAAAUGAUAAAGGUGAUGUUACAGUUAUACCUUGACAGACUUCAAGAGUUUGGUGUCACUUUUGUGAAGGCUAAGAAUGCAAAGAGUUAAAUGAACACUACUUCUUGUAUUGUGUUGUUAGUACUGGAAAUUGUAAAGAAAAGUACAGUUGAAGGAGCUGAAAACUGAUAAAACAAAUUUUCUGUAACUUUAAAGGAAAAAUGUUAGGUGUGGAGUGACUGAUGCCACUUAAAGUCAUUAUGGAAUUUCCAUUACCUCCAGUUUUUGUGCUGCACAGAGCACUGAGCAUUGUGGUGCAGCUUGAACAUGUACGGGAUAUUGUAGACUCUCUUGGGUCAUGGAAGCUAUGACUAAUUCCUUAUUUACAUAUGAAAUCAAAAUACUAAUGGAACACAGCUUUGACAGAUUGCUCUCCUUAACUGCUCACAAUCUCUGCUGUGGUAACACUUACAUCAGCAUGUUCAUGGAAAGCUGUCCUGCUCCACAACUUAUCACUUGCUUCCAAGUGGUGUAAGUCCUCCACCAAGCUGAUCUCGCUCAUGUUUUCUGCUGGUUUUCUGCUGCUCCAUUGCCGGGCCUCAAAAUGCACUGCCCCACAUUAGUCAGGUGGUCCAGUAUGUAUAGAUAUCAUUCUUCUCUCAUCAUGUAAACUUCUGCCUUGCUGGAUGGAUACAGGGAUGUGCAGGGAGUGUUCUCUGGCCACCAUGGUUGGCCCAACACCACACAUAUCGAAUGGGUGUCUGCAACCACCCUUGUCCUCUCCUCCUGUACUCAAAUUGAAAAAAUAAACAUGGCUCAGCUUAACUCUGAAAUCCCUCAAACAGGGCAUGAGGUUCUAUAAGGUAUAUUGUCUGCAGCACUGCAGCUCCCUUCCUUCUGUGGGUGGGUGCUGUCUGGACCGCUCACUGCCGGCCAGAGUUGAGACUUCAGGAUUGUCUGAAAACUGGUUAAGUUUUUACAGUUUUAAAAAGGAGGACUUCAGUCAAGAAAAUUAAUAUUGAUGCUGAGUAUCCUCAUCUGCCUCAGUAUAAAAAGAUAGUUUUAUCACUGUGCACUUUGCACUGUUAAGAAAUUGAAUAAUUAUAUAUAUAUUUUCCUAACAUUAUGUUGUUGUUGAACAAAUUGGAUGUUAAGCUUGGUAAAUUCCUUUCCCAUAUCCUUUCCCCAACUUUACACAUGACCAAUUUUUGUUCUCUCCACGGCCAUGCCUGACAAAGUGCUAUAUUUUGGUUUAACAGCAUUGUGGUCACAUUUCCUGAAGUAGAACAACACAAGUGGGCAGCCAGAUCAGGUGUGCCUCACAUGGGCAUUAAGACUUUGAGUGGUGAUGGGCAUUGGCUUGAAUUAAAAUCCAUCUCCCCAGAAUUCUUGUGAAAAAAUAGUAGCCCCACAAGACAUUACUAUAUCAUGUUGAAGCUUUGUACAUAGUGUGUGUGUGUGUGUGUGUGUGUGUGUGUGUGUGUGUGUGUGUGUGUGUGUGAAAGUAUGAAGGUGUGUAUGAGUGUGUGUACUAAAUGUAAACAAGUUAAUACUACAGAUCACAUGCAUUUUAGCAGUGAGGGUCCAGACACUGCUUCAGAUGACAAGGAAAAGAAAAGACCUGAUUACUUAUUAAAGGACAAAACACAACCUGAGCUUCUGCAUCACCAGAUAUUAAUGUUAUUCCAAACACCCAAAAAACUGAGCGAUCCAUUGAAAUGGAGAAGUAAAGGUUCAUCAAGUCAGGGGUGUGUAUGCCCUUCCUUCUUACAAUCAAAAUAUAUACAUUCAUAGAAGAAUUUAGCUUUUUUAUAAAUGCUGAGUGCCAGGGAAUGACAUUAUGCUAAACGCCGGUGUGGUGGCUGCUGGUGUUAGCUGUCCUAGGAAGUUUGUGUGGCUUCCCUUUGCCAAGCCAAGAGUGAUAUUAUGGAGGAGACAAGGCAACACCCAUCACACCAACAGUUUUUUGUAUGCUAUUUAUUAAAGUGAUUGUAUUAUAAACUAGAAUAAAAAGAGCAUUUUGUAUAAAA